AUGCUGCUUUCGGAAGUGCAGCAAAUGAGUGUAUCCAGGAGGAAGGAAACAACCGUCCGAACAGCCGCUUGGAAUAAGAUGUUACGCCGGACAAUGGUCAGGGCAGAGAAAAGAGGUCAAUGCGGUUACACUCGGCAAGUGGUUGAGCGCGAGGAGGGACGAGGGCAAACAUCGAUGAAAACAAACCGAGAGCGCAGAUUACGCCGUAAAAUCCCAACUGCGCAUCCCAAGUUGUUUGAAAAAUAUAUCGUGCAGCUUGAUCAGGCAACAUAUCGUUUCGAGUAUAUGGCCUUCACGCACCAUUUUCUAGCUUUUUUACAAAACAAAUUUUUUUUUUUUAUAUGUACUGCUGCAGUAAGAGAUCACAUUGGAUUUGAAGAUCCAAGUGGUCCAGUUGGUUCGGCUGCAAGCGACUACGAACACAUCACAGCCUAA